AUGUUCCGAAUUCUCUGGUUCCUUGCUGCUGCCGUGGCUCCGCAUUGCGGCCCUGGUAACCAGGCAGUUCGGCGGGAAUGGGGUUCUCUUUCCACUAACGAGCGCCUUGACUACAUCAAUGCCGUUCACUGCAUGCGUGAGAGACCACCGAUUUUGCCACCCGAGCAAUACCCUGGUGUCAAGCAUCGAAUGGAUGACUUUGCGGCAACUCACAUCAAUUAUACCCUGAACAUUCAUUUGAGCGGAAUAUUCUUUGGCUGGCAUCGGCAGUUUGUUUGGCUGUGGGAGAAAGCAUUGCGAGAAGAAUGUGGUUACAGGGGCUAUCAACCGUACUGGAACUGGGCGCUCUCUGCAAAUAACCUGUCUGCGAGUCCCCUGUUUGAUGGUAGCGACACAUCUUUCUCUGGGGACGGAAAUCCCAUUGAUGACGACCCGUUGAUAAGGCUAAACCCAACCAAUGUGACAAUCCCACGCGGAACUGGAGGUGGUUGUGUUACAACGGGGCCAUUUGCGAAUAUGACUCUCAAUCUGCCUGAUUUGGACUCUGCCAGAAACGACGUGUUUCCGCAUGGUGCCUUCAACUACAUUCCGCAUUGUCUGACACGAGAUUUGAACUCAUUCAUUUCGCGAGCAUUCACCAGCCAAGAGGAUGUAGACCGCCUCCUGUCAUCUCCAAACAUUGCUUCGCUGCAGCACAAUAUGGACGUUAGCGCCUGGCCGGCGCUACGUGAGGGGGGUAUUAUGGGCCCACAUGCAGCGGCCCAUAUGCAGUUGGGAAGAUCGAUGGACGAUUUCUGGACUGCACCACAGGAGCCUGUAUUCAUGCUGCAUCACGCUAUGGUCGAUCGAAUAUGGACCUUGUGGCAGGCUCAAGACCCAGAAAAUCGCCAGUGGGCGCUAAAUGGGACCGCCACAAUUAUGAACCCUCCCACCUCGCCAGAGGUGGAUCUAGAUACGCAGUUAACAUGGGGCUGGCUCAGCUCGAAUAAAUCGCUUCGCCAUGUUAUGAGUACUGAGAGGUAUGAGUAUUGCUAUAGAUAUGGGGAUUAG